CUGCAAUUGCAACAUCACACGACCCGCGCCAUCUAUCUACACGACAACAACUGAAACCAGAAACAACAAGGAAAAACCCAGAAAUUCAUGUGUUGUGUAAACCACAGUCGAUGAAGACUCUUCUAGUUCUACUUUCCUGCAGCUUGUAGAAACCUCACUCUGCAAAUUCACGACUUGACCAGGCAACAUUAAAAAGCUCACGAUAGAUUAACAACAAUUCCAAGAGUGAAAAAACAACACGAUUUCAGUCACACUGGAAAUUUACACACACAGGCAGCAGCACAUAAUAUAGAAUAGCUCAUCGUUCUGUUUUUGUGUUUGUUCGGGUUUCGUUCGUAUUGCUAUUGGCCUCGCAAGAAGAUUGAAAACCGGAAGAAUUGUGACACUGCAACUUGUCACACUUGAAGCACCAAUUUAAAAGAUGUCAGACGAGGAGAGGUCUGAUUCCCUGCAGUCAGUUGAGAUCCCAAAUGACAUGUUACAGCAAGCAUUCUUAAACAAUAACGGAGCAUCAAACCAAUCCUCGGAAAUGAAUUUAUCUGUUCUGCCAACUGACCUUCAUCAACUUGAGGUCAUGACAGGAACGAGUCAACAGACGCUAAAUGACCUCUCUGCUCCCAAACUCCGCAUCAUAGAGCAACCCAAACAGCGUGGCUUUCGGUUCCGUUACGACUGCGAAGGGCCAUCACAUGGUGGUCUCCCGGGUCAACAUAGCCAGAGAGGAAAGAAGACCUUCCCAUCAGUUGAGAUACUUAACUAUACUGGACCAGCAAGAAUUGUUGUUUCCUUGGUAACCAGUGAAGAUCUACCUAAACCCCAUGCACAUAGCAUCGUUGGCAAACACUGCACUGAUGGAUCAUGCACUGUGCAGGUCGGACCUACAGACAUGACUGCAAGCUUUCCAAACCUUGGCAUCCUUCAUGUAACUCGCAAGAAUGUUGAGAGGGUCUUGAAAGAUCGUCUUCGUGAACAGCAGAAGCUUUAUAGGACUUUUCUUGGUGAUAAGGGAUUCGUACCUGGAGCACAGCAUCUGCUUGAGACUGAGCCAGCCCUUGCCAAGAAAGCCAAGGAAAUGGCCAAGGAGAUGGAUCUGUCUAAGGUGUGCUUGUGUUUUCAAGCCUACCUUCCAGACAGUCAGGGACAUUACACGCGUCCUCUGGCUCCUGUCACAUCACUACCCAUCUUUGACAGCAAGGCCCCUGGUGCAACAACUUUAAAAAUCUGCCGUAUGGACAAGAGCUCAGGAUGUGUGACAGGGAAUGACGAGGUAUAUCUGCUUUGUGAUAAAGUUCAAAAGGACGACAUUUAUGUGAGGUUUUUUGAGAUGAACCCAAGCGGAAGUGGGGAGACAAUUUGGGAGGCAUAUGCAGACUUUGGGCCCACAGAUGUCCACAGACAGUUUGCGAUUGUUUUCAAGACACCCAAAUAUAAAGACUGCUACAUAAGCAAACAAGCACAUGUUCAAGUUCAACUUCAGAGGCGAUCGGAUAAGGAAGUGAGCGAACCUAAACCAUUCACCUAUCACCCUCAGAUUACCGACAAAGAGUGUAUCAUGAGAAAGAGGAGGAAGGACCUGCCAUUAUUCCAGGAACAUUUCUUGGGAGGAAGUGGAGGCAAGGGGGGAGGUUACGGAGGCUCAGGAGGGGGAAGCGGAGGUGGAUCAGGGUACCCAUUCUCUCCAGAACGACCACUUAAUAUGAAUUUCACUGGUGGGCGUGGAGGGGGAUCAAAUAACAGUUUCCAGGCACCGGCAACAACACAACAAAACAUUGCACAAAGAAAUCAACAUCAUCAGAUUGUCAUGCAGCAAAUCCAGCAACAACAACAACAACAACAGCAGCAGCAGCAGCAGCAGCAGCAGCAGCAGCAACAGCAAAAUCACCAGGGUGCGGGCUUCCAGAGCCGUGGUAUAAGCUUUGAAAAGGAUCAAGACUUGAAGAUUACCCGCGAGACUGAAGUGGUGCAGGACACACAACCAGCGGUUCUACCUACAGUCACUCUUAUUGGGGAGAGAGAGAUUGAUAGCGAUCUUGAAGUAGAUUCUCAAAUACUUGAGGAUGCAACAAAAGGCCCUGUCAGGCGAUUUGAAUCCUGUGUGCAGAGUGGAGUUGGAGUUAGCACUUUUGAACCAGCAAAAAGUGCCAGAGAUAUUUCUGUGCAGACUGAUGAUAUUCCAUUGGAUUAUGAAUCCCUCGCUUGGCGUCUUGCUGAGCGUACAUCUCGUGCAUUGCGUGACUUUGCAAUCACUGCUGAUAUGAAGAUGCUGUUAGCGGUCCAGAGGCACCUGACUGCUGUGGAGGAUGAGAAUGGUGACACACCUCUUCAUCUGGCAAUUAUCCACAAGAAAUACGACGUUGCUUUGGGACUCUUAAAUGUCAUUAUCAGCAUUCCUCAUCAGAAGAUCAUUAAUCAUCACAACAAACUUCAUCAGACGCCCCUGCAUGUUGCUGUAAUCACAGAACAGCCUGACAUUGUAGAGUUACUUCUCCGUUGUGGAGCUGAUCCAAACAUCAUGGAUCAUAACGGGAGUAUGCCUAUCCACCUAGCUGCUCAUAAUCGUCUUAGUGAUAUAACAGAGGUCUUAGUCCAAGGGGUGGAACCACUUCCUGGAAAGUCCAACGCUUCUAUUGAUCCAAUCCCUACUGAAAUCAACCUCAAGAAUCUUGAUGGCUUCACUGCAGCACACAUUUCAGUUCAGAUCUCUGAUUUGAAGAACCUCAAAGUUUUGGUGAAAAACGGAGCUGAUAUUAAUGUUCAGGAUGGUAAAAGUGGUCGCACCACCCUCCAUUACGCCGUGGAGCAGGCAAACUUCUCACUGCUUGGAUACCUGAUUGCUGAUGCAGAUGCAGAUAUCCACAUUCAGACGUUUGCUGGUGAUACCCCACUUCAUCUUGCUUGCAGCCUUGAUUACGUUGCUGUUGCUGCAGUUCUGGUUAGUGCUGGAGCAGAACCAAGCAUUGAGAACUUUGACACCUCUUCCAACGAGAUGGCUGGGGAGACUGGUGUAAUAUCUGAUGAAGGACAUGUGGAGAUAUUUGAAGACGAGUACAAUAAUGAGAUACUUAGUGGCAAGACAUCAGUGGAUCUGGCAUGCUCUGAGAGGAUGUUGAAAAUUUUGAAUGGUGAGGACUACAUAUCCAGUUCAGUGUCAGAAUCCACACCUAGAUUUGAAGAGAGUUUGGUAUCAGCUGUUUCUGGUUCCUACGCCUCUAAGACCAAUAUGUCUGAUUCCUACACCUCUACUGCAAAUAAAUCAAGCACUAGCCUCCGCUUCACUCCCACAGGAGAUUUGAAUCGCCUGGAUUCCUUAACUCGUCAGAAAUUAUCGUCGCUCCUGGAUGAGAUAAAACCCCACAGGGAUUGGUUGUCUCUUGCAGACCACUUGGGCCUUGGCAACAUGAUUAACCAAUUAAAGCAGUUUGAUAGCCCCACAAGUAUACUGCUUGACCAGUAUGAGGCCAUGGAUGGAACUAUCACGGAGCUCACCUCAGUUCUCAAAGGUCUAAAUCGUGAAGACGCUAUUAACGUCAUUGCAGAAAUAAGGAAGCCAAUGAAAAAAGCUGCUCAUCCCUUACCCAAAGAUUUGGAUUGUACAACUCAAAACGAUUCCGGUCUGGCAUCCUCCCUUCAAUCCAUGCAGAUUACAGGAGAUUCUGGUUUGUCCCGUGGAUGUAUGACGAAUCAGUUCAACCAGUCGGAUGCCAGGAAUAUUGAAGUUUAGCUAUUUUGGUGUUAAGAAAUAAAUUUGAUGCAAAAAUAGGUGGUGUUUUGUUUCCCCAAAAGACUGUAUAGUUGUACAUAGUGCUUCGUAAAUGCCUUGUGAAGUUUAUUAAAGUGAGAUAUUCUACUUUGUAUUAUCGGUUUAAAUCUUAAGGUAUUAUGUAGUUGAAGAACUUGAAACGUCUUAAUUUCUAACUAGGUGUUUAAGAUAACUGUUUUUGUUAUCAGAAAAUAACUGUGGGAAACAUAGCAAAACGCUGGAAGAUUAGAAUGAUUUUUGGGAAUAUUUUCCUUGUGUAAUAGGUUUUUUUUCUUUUUCUGAAGAUACAUUUUUUACAGAAUUUUGUCUGCAACAUAUAUCAUAAAAAUUUUCGGCUUAACUGUCGUCAGGACAUUGUCUGUUAUGUUUGUAAAUGUAAAUGUUUGUCGCUUUAUUGUCAUUGCAUCAGUGAAACAAAAGGGAGCACUACUUUGUUAGUGCAGGGAUCUUUUUAUUGUACCAGCUUUGUAAAGCCUUGUUAGCCAUAAAGAAAUGUUUCUUAAAUACUUGUUUUUCAAUCUAUUUGAUAGUCGUCAAGAAGGAUUUAAACAGAACAUAUUUUUAGGAACUGCUUGUUUUAAUUUUGUGGACAGUUCACUUUAAAGCAGAAACAUGGUGAUAGUUAGCUCAUUGUUAAGUAAAGGAGAUGGCUGUGAUGGGAAUUGCAUUGGUGAAAGCAUAAUAGGCUCAAUGCUGUUUAUCAACCUGUUUGUUUUAUGAACAAUGUGUAGCCUCCAAACACACUCUAGUUUAAAUCAUAUUAGUUUGGAUUUGUGUACAUCACUACCUAUGAAAGAGUCUUGGACAAGUUGUGCAAAAUGCUGCAUCUUUUGUUUAAGAACAUCAUUAUUGCUUUGUAUCACAUUACAUAGGAGGUGAUUGGUCUCUUGUGUCUCUAGAUUGCCAAUGUAAUGGUGAGAUUGACAAUGUAAUGUCGCAUGAGUUCCAAUUUAGCAUCCAUUGUGGUUCGAAUAGAUUUUUUUACAUUUAAAGGCAGUGGACACUAUUGGUAAUUGU